AUGAUAACAGUUGGUGAUGUUCUUUUGAUCCUUGUCGCUAUUUUAUUCCCGCCUGCUGCGGUUCUUAUUGCGACAGGGUGUAGUGCUGAUUUCUGUAUAAAUAUCUGCUUAACUAUACUCGGAUAUAUUCCCGGGCAUAUACACGCAUUCUACGUGCUCUACAAAAAAUCUGAGGAACGUGAAUUACUUGAACGUCGUCACACAUUGUUAUCGUCACCAUCGAUGCCAUUACCGGGUACGGUUGCUAAUCCUUCUAUACCACCUACACCACCUCCGUACACGCCUGAAGCGUCUCCUGCUCAGAAAUCUUAUGGAUCUACAAAUGUGUAG